UAUGAACAAAAAUAGUAUAUUUUUUGUAAGCUUUAAAGACAAACAUCACAGCUACAUAAAAAAGCAAAAAUGGCUGAGUUACCUGCAAAGAAACUACCGAAGCCUCAGUUGCGAGGACUUCUUGCAACGAGUACCAGGAACCACCUCACAGGGGCGAUCGUGCUUUCAGUUGUCACCACUGUCAUGUACAAAUUUUUGGUUUGUGACGCAAGAAAAAAUCGCUAUGCCGAGUUCUACAAAAAUUACGAUGCAGAUGCUGAGUGCGACCGAUUGGAAAAACUCGGCCUGCUCGAGUCUUGUAAUCCUAAAUAGAUUUGUACAAUUUACCAUUCAACAUCAGAAAUGUGAAUUAUUAAAAAAGAAAUGAGUAAAAUAUACUGUUGUUUUAAUAUAAUAAAUUUAAUGUAAUAUAC